GCUUGGUCGUGCGUACUGGGAGCGUAGCGGGUGCGCGGACAUCCGUGUGGUGGCCGAAAACUGUUGGUGUGUUAUAAUCCAAGAACAAAUACGCAAGCGGACGGAAAUUAGGAGAGAAAAAAGUUGGAUAAAUGCAGAAGUGAUGCUAGAAUUGGUUUGAGUGAAGUCGGGAGAAGGGUAGAAAGUGGUGGAGACGUGUGGACGGGUAUUCUGAUGGGUUUGUACGAAGAUUCCGGGGCACCGCAGGAAAUGUACUGGCAGUACGGGUCCUCUGAGGGUGCCUACGACCCCGGCUGUGACCCAUCGCCCACCAUGCCUCAGCUCCACGACCACGCCCACGCCCACGACCAGGCCAGCGCCCACGAGCAAGCACCACUCACGCCUUCGUCCUCCUCCUCCUCGUCCAACUCCUCGGCCGGAUCCUCGUCUUCGGGCGGCCCAGCGUCCUUCGUCAGCCCCUGCAGCGACCGCGGGAACAACUACGUGUCGCCAGGAUCGGACGCGGGGUCCACGGGUAUCGGAUCCCCAGGGACGGGCUUGUCCUCCGGCGGCGGGAUCUCGAGCAUCUCCUCGAGCGGGGAAGGCAGCAACGAGACCUCCUUCUGCGCCGGCUGCUCGGAGAGGAUCGUCGACCGAUUCUACCUGCUGGCGGUCGAGCGGAAAUGGCACGCCGGCUGCCUGCGCUGCGUCGCCUGCCACACCUCCCUCGACGCCGCCGUCACCUGCUUCGCCCGCGACGGACACAUCUUCUGCCGGGACGACUACCACAGGUUGUUCAGCAUGAGACGAUGCGCAGAUUUCCCAGGUCAGAGUAGUUCUGAACUGGUGAUGAGAGCGAGGAGUCGUGUGAUCACGUCCAGUGCUCACCUGGCCCACUGCAGCGUCCAGCUCACCAAGGGAGACCACUUCGGCAUGAAUGGACCCCUCAUUUACUGCCGAGAUCAUUACCAGACCUCGUCCUCAAAGGCCGUUCUCCUCCUUGCAGAUGUCCACCUCACUGGAGGGCGGCUACAUCACGCCCAUGGGGAUGCCUCCGGGGGCUUUGCCGGGCGGCCCCCCCCUCACGGCCCCCACGGCCCCCACGGCGUGCACCCCCACCUCCCCCCUGAGGUGAUGCAGGGGUUCCCGCCCCCCGACCACGGCGGCAAGAUCCCCUUCUUCAACGGCGUGGGCGCGCACCACAAGGGCAGGCCCAGAAAGCGGAAGCCCAAGGACGAGCCCAUGGACACCAACAUGAAAAUGGCCAUAUUGGUGUCUGACAUCAGGUGUGAAAACUGUUCACCUGGUUUCUUGCGUGUCUCAACCUGCACUUGUGCAAUGCAAGAGAUCGAAAACAGAACACCCAGGCCGCGCCGAACGAAGCAAAGAACCUGCCCUUGGAGUGUACGAGUGAAGCGCGAGGUCUCUCGGCUCUCUCAGCGCCCAAGCAGUCGCGAGCGAGGCAAGGGGGCAUCCAGGACACCCGGAGAGCAGCGGGAGAGGGACGCAGCACCCGACCCAGCCGGCUUGGUUGUCAUCGACCGGGAAACCUCUAUUCACAAGAGUCAUCCACAUUUGGCCAAUUUUUGCACCGAACCUCGCAUGAUAAAAGAAGUGAACCUUGUUGAAGCGAUCACAAUUGAGCGCAUUGUUAAAAGCAUUGGGCCCAUGGGGACGCCCUGCCAGUCCGUGCGAACCAAGAGGAUCCGGACCUCCUUCAAGCACCACCAACUGCGGACCAUGAAGGCGUACUUCGCCCUCAACCACAACCCCGACGCCAAGGACCUCAAGCAGCUGUCGCAGAAGACGGGGCUGUCGAAGCGCGUCUUGCAGGUGUGGUUCCAGAACGCCCGCGCGAAAUGGCGGCGGAACAUGAUCUCGAAAGACCCGAAGGCCCUGGCCGGCGGCGGGGGCGGCGAGGGCGGCCUGGGCGAGGGUCCUGCGGGCGAGGGCUCCGUGGGCGACUACCCCGACACGCCCACCGUGCCGCCCUCGGCCAUGAGCCCCGACGAAGGCAACAGUUCCCAGGUGUCGUACCAGCAGAUGUUCUGACACCUAUCCCUGGGAGACCAUGAAGGCCACCUGCACAUCCCGCCCACUCACAUGCUGAUGCCGCCCACGCCCGCACUCAUGUCUCUCCAGCAAGCCUUCCCGCGGCCACACGCACACGACGUCGCCCCGCCCGCCCUCGCCAACGGGCAGCUGCCGAUCGCUAUGAUGAUGGGCAGGGACGCCGCGCCCCCCGCCUGCCCCCUCCUCGGCGCGGACGAAGGCGGCUCCCCGCGGCCGCUGCCUGCCGGCGCGGUCAGCGAGGACGACGAGGACGACACCUACAGCCUCGACGAACACUCCUGCAGCCAGGACGACCAAGGAGACGACAUGUUCUACGACCCUCCCCCGCCAGCAGGAGACCCCAGUGCCGCCGUUCGCCAGGAGGACGACAAGGACGAGGGCGUGCGGGGGGGCGCGGACGCCCGAGAUGACGAGCGGACGAACCACAUGUACCGAGAACUCUUCUAAGCGGCGCAGUGUGCCGCGCGACCUCGGCCUCGUGGUCGAGUAACAAGAGCGCGCUGCAGCCCCACGGCGGCGGCGACGCCACUAGGAAAUAACCAGUGUUACGGGAAACUCUUUCAGUGACAGUGAUCGCGGGCGCCGCCCUGAGUGACUCGAAGUGAGCCCGCGGCCCUUAGUCGAUGGCGCGAGCCCUUGCCAGGAACCCUCUGUCCUGACGCAGUGGAAACGGACCAGCUCAGGACCCGGGCAGUGACUCCCCAAGCGUCAUGAAUCUUAAAAAGUUCUUUAUAUUGCCAGUCUAUUUAUUAUUACUAUAAAUAUGUGAGUGUUGCACUUACUUGUGGCGGUCUGUCGACCCUUGAGGUUGCGGCUGAUCAGCGUAUAUUCCAGUGUUCCCAUAGAUAUAUAUAUAGUAUUUAACGCGACCUCAGUGUUGUCCGACGCUGAAGUUGAACAUUCGUAAGGACGCCUCUUCGAAGAAGGGUCGCCGAAACCUCAUCUGUAAACAAAAACAAACAAAAAAAUAUAUCGUGAACCCGUAGGCGCAGCGCAUUGCGAGGCGGACGCUCCAGGGCCUGCCACCGCUAGCGUGUUAGCGGUGGAGCCACGGCCGGCCAGGGCUUGUCCCAGCUCCGCCUCCUCGCGCUCGCUGGUACUUCGUUCCCCUGUGUAUCUGCUCCUCUUGCGAACCAAGUCGAUGUGGAUGUCAUCAUUUUGUUCAUCAUAUGUACAAUAAGCAACUUCACCACUCAGCGCACAGAGCGAAUUCCGAUUUCCUCUCGAAGGGAGCUGAUUCCAAAGCGACACUUCCUGCUUCUUCCUUCUCGCUUCCUCUCCGCGCGGGAAGAACGGAAGGAAGGAGGAGGAAGUGAUGUCCCAGCGCCCUCUGAUCACCCGACGCCAUCAUGUCUUUGCUCAUGUCAAACAAGUCUCUUUCGCCCCGACGGCUGGAUGUGUAGAUGUACAGUAUAUCGUAUUAAUUGUGAACACUUCAUGCGGCUUUCGUAUGAUCGAUAACUGGUUUUGAUUACACGCAAACUUUUAAAGCAAAGUAGCAAAAAAAGAAGAAAAAAAAUGUACUUUAUUUUGUGUGGAUGUAUAUAUGUAUAUGUAAAACAAAUAAAUAUAUAUGGAAGUGAGCACGGCGAGUCAAUUGCACACAUCAGAGUCGAAGACGGAGUUCGGCGUGGGCGGGAGAGCACCUGGAGGGCCGCCGAGACUCCGCUCUUGGCGCCCAUCCGCUCGGGCCCAACUCCACGCCCAUCCGACAACCGAAACGGCGUGAUUAAAACCGGUUAUUUUGGCUCACGAAAGGUCGAGAUUCUAACCCUUCGGCUUGUAAGUGGAUACGUAUAUUGUUAAGGUCGUAUUUGGAGUUUUUUUUUUCUUCUUCCCUUCUUUCUCUCAUUUAGCCUUUACACAAGAAGAAAUGUGAUGUGUCUCUCCAAAGGUCUCUUGGCCAGACAAAUAUUUGGAUUUCAUAAAAUCUCUCUUUUUCUUUUCCUUUUUUUAUAUUUUCCUUCGGCACAACAUUUGCUUUGGCGGGAAGUUACAUCCGGGAACUCGCAACAGCGGCCGCGGAACAGCGUUGCGUUCGCGCUCCGUUUGCGCCGUUGCGUCAAAGGGGUCUCUCGCGCGGGACAUUCGGCCGAGGACCCCGGCCGACGCGCAGCUUUUGGCAGGAGGUCUUUUCAGCAUUGGGACCGCCGUUUUGAUUCCUCUUUCUCCUCUUCUUCCUUUCUUUUUUCUUCUUCUCUUCUUCCUUCUCUUUCUUCUUCUUUCUCUUCUUCCUUUCUAUUUUUUUCUUCUUUCUCUUCUUCUUUUCUAUUUUUUUCUUCUUUCUCUUCUUCCUUCUUCUCUUUUUUCCCUUUUUUUCUUUUUUCUUUAUUUCUUGUUUGUCUUCUGCUGUUUCCUUUUAGCAAAUGUGUAUGGAUAAUUUAAAUGCAGACACACACACACACACACACACACACACACACACACACACACACACACACACACACACACACACACACACACACACACACACACACACACACACACACACACACACAUACAUACAUAUCUGGCGCGAGUGACCAAUGUUGAAAUCUUUAAUGUUUAUGAACGCACAAUGGUGCACACAUAAAACAUUUCCACGCAGGCUUUUAAUGAAUUCAGAUAUCAAUUAAUUUUUUCACAAAAAGGAAAACAAAAACAUUGAACCAUGAUUUUGCUGCCAACUUUAGCCAUUGCUGCCAACUUUCUUGUCAAAGCAGGGGUACCAACCGGAUGUCGAUCAAAGCAAAUAUAUGUGAGAAAAAAAGCGGUGAUUGUAACCCUGGCUGCUUUAUUUUAUUUCUCCGUAUGAUAUACGAUGAAUAUACAUUUUUUUUCUCGUUCAGAAAAUAGUCUAGAGUUUAGAACAGCUUCCGAACUGAAGAAUUUUACCGUCUAGCUAUAAGACCGGUUACACCAACCCCCACCCCCCUCCAUACCCACCCACCACCAGUACCUCCUCCUCCAACCCAACCCUUCUGAAUACUUGUAAAGAUUCCGCUUCACUCUAAGUGUUUCCUCUUGAUCUGUACAAAUGAUUCUUUGUCAAUAAAACGUCUAAUUUU